AUGGAGGCACCACAAAAGAACGAUGUUGGUGUGAAAAUCACCAAUUAUCCAGCAAUUCAUAAUGCCCCUCUACCAGCUGAUGGUGCAGGAUCAAGACAUUUCAAUAACUGGAUUUUAUUAGCAAUUAUGCUAUUUAUUCCUUGGCGUGUUACCAAAUCUUUGGGCCUGGGUUUGAAAACUUUUAUCUUUUUUUUUCUUUUAUUUGCCUUACCAAUCCUAAUGGCUUGGUGGACUAUUCUGUCCACAUAUUCUCCAAGAUUGAACGAAAAGGUCAAAUUCCCAAAUAGAGGCGUUGAAUAUUACUUAGAAUUCCAUGAUGAAGAAUUGGCUUCAAAGUAUAGAGGUAACAAUAAGAUUCCAAUGGAAACAUUCCAUGAAUUAUAUUUUGCCAAUAAGGUUUCUUUCAAAGGUGAUGCAUUAGAUGUUAUGGAAUACAGGCACGACUGGGCUCAAUUCUCAUUCACUUGGGGUUUGUUCAAAUUCUUUCUUUUUGGUAUGAUUCCUGAGGUUAUUAUGCACACCAGAUCUCAAGAUGAAGAACAAGUUAGAGACCAUUAUGAUAGGGGUGAUGAUUUCUACUCUUGGUUUUUGGGUCCAAGAAUGGUUUACACUUCUGGUGUUAUUCAUGAUAUUAACAAGCAAGAGUCUUUAGAACAAUUGCAAGAUAAUAAGUUGAAGGUUGUCUGCGAAAAGAUUGACUUGAAGGAAGGUGAUACCGUUUUAGAUCUCGGCUGCGGUUGGGGUACCUUUGCUACUUUUGCUUCAUCGCAAUAUGGUGCUCAUGUGACUGGUGUUACUUUAGGUAAAAACCAAACUGAGUGGGGUAACAACUGGCUAAAGAAGUACGAUAUUCCUGAAGAGCAAUCUAGAAUUGUCUGCUGUGAUUACAGGGAUGCACCUCUACCACAAGAUGGUAAGAAAUAUAAAAAGAUUACAUGUUUGGAAAUGUCUGAACAUGUUGGUGUUAGACAUUUUUCUUCGUUCUUAAAACAAGUAUAUGAUAUGCUAGAUGAUGAUGGUUUAUUCUUUUUACAGUAUGCAGGUUUGAGAAAAUCAUGGCAAUAUGAGGAUCUAAUUUGGGGAUUGUUUAUGAAUAAGUAUAUCUUUCCAGGUGCAGAUGCUUCAACCCCAUUAGAUUUUGUUAUUGGCAGCUUAGAAGCGACUGGUUUUGAAACUGUUACCAUUGAUAAUAUUGGUGUUUGUUAUUCUGCUACCUUGUGGAACUGGUAUAAGAACUGGUUGUCUAAUAAAGAUUUAGUUGUUAAUAAGUAUGGUGUUAAAUGGUACAGAAUCUGGGAAUUUUUCUUGUCAUACUCUACCAUCAUUUCAAGACAAGGUUCCGCUACUUGUUAUCAAAUUGUUCUCAGAAAGAACUUGAAUAGCUAUCCUAGGAUUGAAUAUAUUCCAAAGCAAGAAGGUCUCCAAACUCCAGCUUCUAAAUUUGUUCCAUGGGUUAAAUCAUGA